AUGGAGGAGUGCAAUAAGGCAGCGUUAGCUGAAUCACAAGAGGGUUUGGGCAAGUCGCUGGGCGUUUGUCGGGCCGGUAUAAAAAAUAGGCUGAUGAAUCGGCUCGUGGGUGCUGAGGCGACGAAUAAAAAGCAAUUGAAGGUGACCACGGUGUGGCCACCGUUCGCGCGGAUGAAGCGAGCUGAUUGGGGACAAAGGCCGAUGGCGGAUGGGAGGAGGCAGCGAGAGAGUAUCAUUUUUGGCACCGGCCAAGUUGCGGUGGACUGUGACGGAAACUGGGCGAGAGUGGGCGGUCGAAGUCGGUCACGAGUCGCGAACCGGAUCCAGCCGGCGGAGGUCGGCGGGAGAUCGGCUCUCGGACGAGGCGAUGGUGUCUCGGCCCGUGAGGAGGGUGCUGUUGCUAAGGCUUUUGCGGGACGCUCCACGCGUCAGGACGCCGGAGACUCGAGCCAGCGCCGACCGGUAGUUGCGCAGCAGAGCCUGUCCGUGCUGGAGUCCACAAAAGGAAGGAUCGUGAAGAUGAGGCAGGUACAGGUAACCGGCAAAGUGAACAUGCACAUUUUUCGUUGA